UAAUGUCAGAAAAAUAAUGCGCGCAACACAAAACCGACGAAUUAUACGAAAAUAAUAUUAAUUAUGCCGUAAAUAAAUUAAAAACCGUGUAAAUAUUUUGAUUAGAAACAAGUUUUUUUAUUUGAGUAGAAUAGAAUAAUAACAAUAAAAAAAAGGGUAUCUUUAUUAUUUUCAGCCGUGGAGAAUUAUGCGGCAAAUUAUAUUCGUAUUCGACAUUGUUGAUUUUUGAGAUUAUUUUUCAAACUGUAAUUGUUAAAUAUUCUUUUUGUUGUUAUUUUUAUUUCAUUUUUUGUUCCUUUUAAAAUGAGUGUCGAGGAAAGACUCGUUACGGAAAUUCCCAGCAGUUUAAAACAAUUGGCAAGAAUUGUUGCUCGUGGAUUUUAUACGAUAGAAGAUGCUCUUAUUAUUGAUAUGCUAGUUAGAAAUCCUUGUAUGAAGGAAGACGACUUAUUGGAAUUGUUGAAAUUCGAAAAGAAACAAAUGCGAGCAAGAAUAGCGACACUUCGUAAUGAUAAGUUUAUUCAAAUAAGACUGAAAAUGGAAACUGGCUCCGAUGGCAAGGCGCAGAAAGUUAAUUAUUAUUUCAUCAAUUAUAAGUCCUUUGUGAAUGUAGUGAAAUAUAAACUUCUUAUGAUGAGGAAAAAACUGGAAACCGAGGAGCGAAAUGCAACGAGUCGAGCGAGUUUUAAAUGCACCAAUUGCCUCAAAACUUACACCGACCUCGAAGCGGAUCAACUAUUCGACAUGAGCACCCAGGAGUUUAAGUGCACCUAUUGCGGGGAGGUUGUUGAGGAGGAUCAGUCGGCGCUACCGAAGAAGGACUCACGACUUCUUUUGGCGCGAUUUAACGAGCAAAUGGAGCCGCUUUAUAUUUUACUCCGGGACAUUGAGGGCAUUAAAUUGGCGCCCGAACUUCUCGAGCCCGAAGCCGUUGACAUUAACACUAUCAAGGGAAUCGAUCCAAGAAAAUCGGGCAUGAUGCGUGGACCCAAUGAUCAAUGGUCGGGUGAAGGUUCUCGAACAUCGGGAUUCUUUGUGGAGGAGACAAAGGUCAAUGUGCUCAUUGGAGACGGAACCGCGGACGAUAAUUCCGCGAAUACGAGGAAAGAGCAGCCAAUUUGGAUGACAGACAGCACAAUCGACAAUCCAAUCGAUGAUUCUUUACAAACGGAUUCGACAAUUGCACAGGACAAUAUAUUGAACAAGGCAGCGGCCACCGCUUCCACGCCAACCACAAUAAACAACAAGCAGGGCGAGGACAUAAUGUCCGUUUUAUUGGCGCACGAGAAAAAGGGUGGAAUGAGCGAUGCCAAUGCGGUGAAAUCAGUGAUACCGCAGGAGUCGAGUGACAGUAGCGAUAAUGAGGAGAAUAAUGAAAUGCAACCAGUCGAGACGGACGCUGUGGAAAUGAUGGAAUCUGAAGAAGAAGAUUCAGUGCCAAUGAUAAGUGUCGGUGGGAAAAGUGUCGCAAUUACAAACGUGAACGAUUCCUUAAUAGCUGAAAUGACACCAGUCGAAAAAGAAGCAUACAUUCAAACAUACCAAGAAUACUAUUCGCUCAUGUACGAUUAAUAUUUUAGCGAAAAGAAAUAUUUUUCUCCCUUCCGCCCUCAAAAAAAAAAAAAAAAAAAAAGGAAAAAAAUUGGAAUAUUUUUGAUAAAAAAAAUAUA